UUUGUAGUGAAUUUUACUGAAUUACCAAAAAUGGAAGAAGAACAAGUAAGAAGCAUCGCUUUACAAAUCAUUAUAUUUUUCUUCCUGUAAAGAUUCACGUUAAACUUUCCAAUUUGAUCUCCUCUUCUUCUUCUUUUUUCUACUUUUCUUUCAACAUCAAGCAAUUUAUAGCACCCAAGAAACAAACAAGUUUCUCACUCUUUAAGCUGACCCAUAGAUUUUUUGAUUGAUUCAUCUUCUCUGAUUCUUUUAUUUUCUCAUAUUUCCAUUUCUUGAAGCUCUUCUAAGAAAAACCCACAAAAAAUGAUUCAUUUCUGAAAUCAAUCACUCUGUUUUCUUGGUUAUUUGGGUAUUGAGGGAUUUGAAUUUUUUAUUUUCUUUCCAAAGUUGCAAUCUUUUCAGUGUAUUGUUAUUUGGGGGUUUUCUUGAUUUGGGUUGGAAAAAAGGGGUGAAUCAAAAAGUUGGUUUUUGAGAUUUUCUUGGAUUUGGGUGUUGUGGGUAUUGGUUAAAAUUGAGUCUUUUGUUCAUUUAAGUUUUUGAUCUGUUGGGGGUAUUCUUGGAAGUUUGUGGUUGUUGUUUGGUGAAUUGAUGAGAGUUUGAAGUGGAUUGGUGAUUGUGAGAGAUUGUUUGAAUGGCUUUAAAAGAGUUGAUUGAGAUCAAGUUCAGGCUUGCUGAUGGCAGUGAUAUUGGACCCAACAAGUAUACACCUGCCACCACAGUGGGUUCUCUUAAAGAAAAGAUAAUUGCCCAGUGGCCCAAAGAUUCUGGGCCAAAGACAAUAAAUGAUGUGAAGCUUAUUAAUGCUGGAAUGAUACUUGAGAACAAUAGAACACUUGGUGAAUCAAGACUUCCAGUUGCUGAAGUUGCAGGAGGUGUCAUCACUAUGCAUGUUGUUGUACGCCCACCUAUGAAUGAAAAAGCCCGUGUACAUGACAAUCAUAGGACAGCCUUCCGUCAAAAAUCACUGGUAGCCCGUAUAGGAUAUUUUUGCAUAACCAAGUGUCAAUCAGUAGAACUGAUGAGAUUACCUUCUCCUGUUUUCAAUUUCCUUGAUGUAUGUUGUUGUAGAUUCUUGUUGAUACAAAAAUACAAAUUGUUUGGUCCACUGGUACUUUUGGUACUCUAUGCAUAUUUUGCUUGUGUCAAAACUCAUCAUCACCUUGUCAACCUCCUCUGAGGCCUAAAGAAUUGGGGUGGAGGAAGUAAUUUUUAGGUUGUAAGAAAAAAAAUAGUUUGUCAAGUGUCGGAUAAUAGCUCCAAUUCAAUUUCGCAGCUAUGAUGCACUUUAUCCGAGGGUCUUCAUUUCUGUUUAUGAUUGUUAAUUGUGCUGUUCAAUAAGAGUUCAAACUUCAGUGAAGCCUGAGAGAUUUAUAUGUUGAUGUAUGUUAAAGAUAUUUAUGUUGGGAAAUUUUUAUGAGCUUCUGCAUUUCCGUCCUU